AAUGGGUCUGCGUACAUGUAUUAUCAAAUACUCAUGUCCUUAACUUUUUCGAUCCAGGAGAUUGGCCUAAAAAUGGUUGCUGGGCAAACUGUUGGCACGGAUACGAUACAGUGUGCGAAUAGCAACGCAUACUGCUACAAUAUGACGGCGAGUGCUGCCGCCUUGAUCGACAUCGUCAAGGCGGGUUGCUCUUUGUGGAGGUGCAUGCUGGCGAGAGAUCGAUGUGUCUCUACUGUGUUUCAAAAAAUCCCAAUCAGCUUGUGCUGUUGCUCGACAGAUAGAUGCAACCUCGGGGAUAACAAAGGCCUCAGGUAUGAACGAAACUUACAUCACCAACGUUUUCCAGACCAUGUAUAG